GACCUCAUUUGGGGAGGUCACUAACUUAACAUUAAAUAUCUGUGACAAUGGCAUUAGAUGAUGUUUUGUGACCAUUGAAGAGCUUGAGUAAUUUGUGUACCAGGCAAAUAACUGAAGAUGGUGUUGCUACGGAUGCUACUGCUGCUCUGUAUUGGGAGUUCACUUGUAGAAGGUGUCUGUUCAACAAAUGUGAACAUUCAUGCUGAGCUGGAAAAGCUCAGAGACGUGGAUAAAAGGACACAAAAAUUAGAAGAAACACUGGACAAAGUAUUGAAAGAGAAUAAAGCUUUGAAAACUAUAGUCCAUGAUUCACGAAAACAGCUUAAAUCUCUCCAAACGAGAAAAUCUCUCCAAAACUGUGACAAAAAGGUUGCCUUUUCAGCUGGACUUCUUGAAUCUGGAACAAGAAACAUUGGGCCCUCUAACACUGCGACAACUCUGAUCUACAAAAAAGUCUUCAGCAACAUUGGAAAUGCGUAUGACUCAAAUACUGGCGUUUUCACAGCACCGAUCAAAGGAGCCUAUUUCUUCAGAUUUUACGGUCAUUGUCAUGGUGGAACCACAAUGGCAGUCAGUCUCUUGAAGAAUGGUGCAACCCAGUGCUCUCUGCAUGCAUUUAAGCCUAGCUCCAAUAGUAACGCCAGCAAUGGUGUUAUUCUCACACUCGAGAUCGAUGAUCGAAUUUCUACACAACUUUGGGCUAACACCUGGGUUUACGAUGAUCCAGCAAGUUACACCAGUUUCAGUGGUUUUCUGAUUUUCCCCUUGUAAACGUCCAAAUCCUCCAGUGCAGGAUGUAAUGUGAAACAAAUAUUGUAAUUGAACUGAACUGUUCCUGUUCAAGUAAAACACAUUUUAGUCAAGAAAAUGAAAAGAAAAAUAGAUAAUAGCUUUUUAGUUACAAUAAAGUCUAAACAAAUCGGAAUGAAGAAGAACUAAAGAAAAAGAGCUAAGGCUUAGACUAAACCAAGCUUUAGUUUAAUUAGGACAUUUAAAUAUUUUUUAAUAAACAUGCCUAGGAAAAAGCAUUACUGGUGUCCAUCCUAUGACAAAAAGCCACAGACACAUUUCAAGAUCAAUUAGUUUUUUUACAUUUCACUUACAUUUUAGUAUAGGACUAGGCUUAUGCCUUGUCUGUGAAACCGAGCUUAAAGAUUUUAAGAUCGCACGUAGCACUUCCUAUAUUUCUAGCAUAUCAAAGCUGAACAUAUGACAUUCAGAGCCUUAAAAUUAAUAAAUUAAUAGUAACCAUACUUCAAAUUCAUGUUACUGGUGGUAUAAAUCAAAAUAUGUAUAAUAUAUUUCCAUCGGACCAUGUCACGAUUUGCCAGUGUUUUAAGGCCCGCAUGAGUGAUUUGUUUGCAAAAGUGAAAAACCAAAUAAAACUUAAUUUAAUAUUUUAUUGAAAUCUUCCUGUAGAAUUAUUCUGAAACAGGGUAAUAUAAAAAAGACAGGUAAAUACAAACAUAGAUUUUCCUGGAAGCUUAUUGGCUCUCUGUAAAAGAGGAGCCACUCAAGUUUCCCCCUUUUAAAAUACAAGUUUUAUCUUUGUUCACAGAAAGAAAAAAACAAAAUCCCAUAAGACACACAGGGCAAACAGGAAUCAGGCCGGUUUCACUCUGAGAAUACGUAAUGGACAUAUUCCGCUAGUGAAAAAUAAAAACCUCAGCUUCAAGUCAGAAUGAUUAAGAAGAACUGGAAAAUGUAAUGGUUCCUGUUGUUUGAAACCAGACAUUUGUCUUUUAAGGUUGAGGGACACUUCAAAAAGCCUGAAAAGAUGUCAUGCUAACAAUAAAAAUAAACUGACAUCAGUGAAACUGA